UUCGGAAUGCCUUGGACGUUUUCAUUAGAACUUGAUGGAAGAUACUUCGGACCCGAUUCGUAUGGCGGCAAAGAAUUUAAUGCAGUGGUUUGCAGAAAAUGGUUAAUAAACAUUAGCGACUCACCUUUGAAGUAGACCUAGUUUGAUGAUGUCAGCAAGGAAAGGUCUUACCAGACUGAAAUCAUUUUCAAAGAGAACUUGUGAAGCUGAUGUAAAUGAGAAGAAGCAGGUGACAAUCUCGAAAUUCUUUGCAUCCCAAGCUUCCAAAAAUGACUCCGAAAUUGUGAUUAUAGACGAUUCUUCAAGGGAUAGAAACCCUGGUGGAAAACAGGUUUCAUCGCCAUUGAAGAAACGACGUAAGGUAAACGCAGAUGAUGAUAAUGGAUCUAAAAAAGAGUGUUUAGAUGAAGGAGGUGUGGAUUGCCACAUUCAGUUUUCUGAUAUGGAUGUAGAAUCAAGACUGUCUUCAGGCAUCAACACUGACAGGAAAUGUACAAAUGAAGCGGAGUGUCUCAGAAUCCCUAAUGUUUCAGCAGAUCACAAACCGUCAUUGUUAAGUGAAAAUACAAGAUGCAAAUUAAAGCUGUUUGAAUCCAUUGGAAUUAAAGAUGAGGAAUCUAAUACUAAAGAAGUAAUCAGUUUAUUGGAACUAAAACGUAUCAGAAAUUUACCACAUACCCAUACAUCCUUUGAAUCUAGCAGUUUGUUGAAAGAAAAUGACUUGGAAGCUACAAAAACUAGAAAAAGCGAUGAAGAAUAUGAUGCUCCAUGUACCUUUAAUUCAAACAUGACAGCACAUACUUCUUCAUCGACAAAGAGCAGGUGUAAAGGUAAAAGUGGUUCAACUUUGGCAAAUAAUAAAACUGAAAAGUCUCCUACAACUGCAGGCAAAAAGAUCAAAUACACUCCUCUAGAGCAACAGUUUGUCGACAUCAAAGAAAAAUAUCCACAUGCGGUUUUGUGUGUUGAAUGUGGAUACAAAUACAGAUUUUUCGGAGAAGAUGCUGAGAUUGCUGCUGAAGUUCUGAAGAUAUUUUGUCAUCUAGACCAUAACUUCAUGACUGCCAGCAUUCCUACUCAUCGCCUAUUUGUUCAUGUCCGAAGACUGGUUGCUGCUGGUUACAAAGUGGGAGUUGUAAAACAGAUGGAAACAGCAGCGUUAAAAGCAGCAGGGGACAAUCGGAGUGCACCAUUUACUCGAGAGUUAUCUGCCCUUUACACAAAAUCAACAUUAAUUGGAGAGGAUGUGAACCCACUCUUCAAAAUGGAAGAUUCUGACAACUCUUUAAGUGGUACCAGUAGCACUUCCUACCUCAUGUGUGUGUAUGAAUCACCUCUAAACAAAAACAGCAAACAACUUACUACUGCCAUCUUUGCUAUUCAGCCCUCCACUGGGGAUGUUGUAUAUGACAGCUUUGAGGAUAAUGGCAUGCAUGGAGAACUUGAGGCUCGCCUGUCUCACCUUCAGCCAUCAGAAAUCCUUGUUCCAGAUGACAUACACGAGGAUACAUAUACUUUUAUACAGCGUCUCACAUCCAUCAGCUCCACCCCUGAUGACCGUAUGCGAGUAGAAAGGAUCAACAGUCAACAGUUGGAGUAUAACACAGCUUUCCAAACUGUCUCUAAAUUCUACAUGUAUGGAAACAACACUGGAAUCAAUCGCUUACAAGAAGUCCUAAGUCUGCCUCGUACAGUCAUUUCCUGUCUAGCCGGAACAAUAUCAUAUCUGUCGGACUUCAACCUAGAAAAGAUUCUUACAUUAACCAGCAAUUUUACACAGUUUUCUGUGAAGUCAAAGUUUAUGCAACUACCUGGUAACACUGUACGGAAUCUGGAAAUCUUCCAGAACCAGACAAAUAGCCGUGAACGAGGGUCACUGUUCUGGGUUAUGAACCAAACAGUGUCCAGGUUUGGAAGUCGAAUGCUACGAACCUGGCUGAGUAGACCCCUGCUAUCUGUAUGGGAUAUCAAAGAGAGGCAGACUGCAGUGCAGGAUCUAAUAGAUGGACCAUGUGCUGAAUCUUUGUCCAAACUACGGGCUCUCCUCGGGAAAAGUCCAGAUCUGGAAAAAGGACUUGCUUCAAUCUAUCACAAAAAAUGUAGUGUAGCAGAGUUUUACACGGUGUGUAAAACUUUUAGCCAGCUACAGAAAGACAUCCAGCUACUGGCUGAAUUGCAGUGUCCACAGCUAACCUCUGACCUUCUGAAAACAAUUCUGACCAGUGUUCCAGACCUUCUACAGGAUAUUGAUUCAUUUGUGUCCUCCAUUAGAGAGAAGUCAAUCAGAGACAAUGACAAAACUGAGAUAUUUAUGGAUGAAAGUAAAUUUCCGAUAAUAGUAGAGAGGAAACAGUCCAUACAGGACGUGAUGAAGGAGAUCCAGGCCCACAGACGUGACGUCCGUUUGAUUCUACGUCUGCCAGCACUCGAGUACAUCACAGUCAUGGGAAUAGAGUUUUUGAUUGAAGUGAAAAACAACUCUGUCAACUUGGUGCCACAGGAUUGGAUUAAAAUCAGCAGUACGAAGGCUGUGAGCCGGUUCCACUCACCGUUUAUAGCGAAGACAUAUCGGAGGCUUCAACAGCUCCGAGAACAAUUGAAGCUAGACUGUCACCAGGUUUGGCUGGAGUUCCUCAGCUCAUUUGGAGAAAAUUAUCAGAACUACAGAAAGGCUGUUCAACAUCUGGCUACUUUGGACUGUUUAUUUUCACUGGCAGCUAUGGCUAAACACCAUGACUACUGCAGACCUGAAAUUGUGGCUGAUGAUGAAUUCUGUAUCCAGAUUGAAAAUGGCCGGCACCCAAUUAUUCAACAGUUAAUUGGGGAGAACGAGCAAUAUGUCCCAAACAACACCAGAUUGUCUAGAGGAUCAGAUAGAGUAAUGAUAAUCACUGGUCCAAACAUGGGAGGAAAAAGCUCCUACAUUAAGCAGGUAGCCUUGAUUACGAUAAUGGCCCAGAUUGGAUCCUAUGUUCCUGCUGAAUCAGCGAGACUGGGCAUCUUAGAUGCUGUUUAUACAAGAAUGGGAGCCUCAGAUGAAAUCUACAGCAGACGAAGUACCUUUAUGGUGGAAUUACAGGAAACAUCAGAUAUCAUAGCAAAUGCCACCAACAAAUCCCUUGUCAUAUUGGAUGAGUUAGGCAGAGGAACAAGCACUCAUGACGGAACAGCCAUCGCACACGCUACCCUGGAUUACUUUAUUGAAAAGGUGAAAUGCCUAUGUCUGUUUGUGACCCAUUACCCAAUGCUAUCAGAGCUGGACCACCAGUUUCUGGGGAUAGUCCAAAACUUCCACAUGUCUUUCUUUUUGAAUGAUAGUGAAGAGACUGUAACAGAAACUGAACAGACAGUAAGUGAUACUUCCACGCCGGAAUCCAUCACCUUCCUGUACCAGUUAGUCACAGGUGUGGCUGGACGGAGUUAUGGGCUUAACGUUGCCAGACUGGCUGGUAUCCCACACAACAUCAUCAGGCAGGCAGCAUAUCAGUCACAUGACCUAGAAACCAAAAUUAUGGAAAGGAGAGAUCAGCUGAAGUUGUUCCAAGCAUUAUUUACCUGCCCAGAAACAGAGAUGACAGAUAUUUUACUUGAACUUCAGGGAAAUGAAAACCAACAGCCAUCAUCCUCUACAACAUAGUUAUCCAGAAAUAACUCUAUUACAGCAUGGGUCCUGGUCACCGACAUCAUACCUGUCCCUAAUUGCUGGACACCUGUCUAAUGUCAUACCUGUGUUACUCUGAUAGCAUCUCAUAUCAAUGUACGGUUACUUGUAGAGCUGUCUAAUGGAAAUUGGAAGUCUGUGCCUUUAUCCACAAUUUCAGUAGGCCAUGUUUCUGUCGCUCAAAAAAGCUGUGCCUAUCAAUUUGUCCAAAACAAAACAUAAAAACAUGCCAUGCCACAAUCAUUAUGACAUCUUACAAUAUGGAGGGAAUUGUGAGAACUUAUGUUAACAUUCUUAGGAGAUGCGAAACAUUACAAGACUGACUUAAAUGUGAAAAAAAAAACUUUUUAUGCUGUAUGUGCAAUGAAUGUUUUGUGUACAUGAAAUUCAAAAAUAAAUGUGAUAUUUUAACAAUUGAAAGUCUACACAAGACAUGAAAUUGCAAAAUAUUGAUAAAAUCAUUACACAAAAUAUUCCAUUUCCUUUUGUAGAUAGUAGACAUAUUAAAUUUUGAUGAGUAAUGAAGUUUUAUUAAUAUACAGUGAAACCUGACUUUAGCGACCACUGACUUAAAUGACAUCCUGUAUCAUCUGACUAUAUCCAUCAGAAUCGCAACAGACUCCACUAUCAUUUCUGCUGUGGUGAGAUAUGCUUGGUUAUGUAUUUUACUGUUAAUGUAUUGAUUACAUUGGUACAGAAUAAACUUUUAAUCUCUA